AUGAAUUCGGUAAGAAGAGUACGAGCAGCACGCGUUGAUCGACGUUUCUCUGCUAACUCAGCGAACCAACAAGCUGGGAAUGGUCAGACGGGGGGUGGGUUCCACAAAAUAAGAGAGAGAUGCAACAAGCCUGCAACGAAUGUCGUGUUUCUAAAGACGCACAAGACCGGUAGUUCAACGAUGUCGAACAUCAUGUUACGGUUUGCAGAUACCCACAACUUAACCGUUGGACUUCCCUUGAAAAAUCACUGGGAAUUAGGCGGCUACCCUGCUUUUAUUGAUAAACGUCUGAUUGAUCCAGUGUUGCCAAAGUACAAUAUUCUUGGGCAUCAUUUCAGAUUUAACAUCGACAACCUUCAGCAAAUAAUGCCAGCAGACACAAGGUACAUCACCAUAAUCAGGGCACCAAAGGACAACGUAGAAUCGGUCUUUGGAUUUUUUCAGGAUCAAAGUCCUUUCAAUGUUUGGUUGGAAGGUGUGGACGCUAACUCGACCAAACUUCGACUCCAAACAUUUUAUGAUCACCCGGAAAAAUUUUAUAAUAAGGAUACCGAUUGGUUUUUCCGGGCCCGUAACCACAUGUUCUUCGAUAUCGGCUACGAUGUUUCGAACAGCGAUGAUGGUUUCAUUGAUUCGAAGAUCGAAGAACUAGAUAAUAUUUUUUCACUUGUAUUGCUGACCGAUUAUUUCGACGAGAGCUUAAUUAUGAUGAAGCAUGUGCUGUGUUGGGAUUGGGAAGACGUUGUUUACAUUAAGUUUAAAAUGAGAAUCGAAGAAGCAAAAACUGAGCCACUGAAAAAAAUAUUGUAUUUGUAUUUGGGAGACGGGUCACCUAUUGCAGCUAAUAUCUGA